GGUCGUUCCGUUCCGUUCCGAUUCGUUUUCAGUAAACCAUGAAUACUCAAAUUGAGAAGACCAAUCGGACCAAUGUCGAAUCAGAAAUAUAUAAACCCCGUUAGUGAGCAUUUCAUUUACAACGAUGAGACGCGCAAAAGCAAAUGCAAGCAAUGUCAUUUCAAUAUGGCCGGAAGACAUUCCGAAAACCUAAUGCGGCAUUUGAAACGAAAACAUCAAAUUGUCUACGAUGAGGUUAUGCGACAGAAGCGACUGCGACGCGACCGUUUGGCAGUCAGUCAAAGUCGGGGACCUUCUCCAGCAUUGUCGCCAAAAUUGAUUGUCAAACUGGAUCCAACCAAUGUGAUUGCCACCGAGUCUGCCGAAGGAAAAGAUAAUCAUGAUAAAGCUAAAGAUGCUGAUUCUUACGAUACCCGAGCUCUUGUGACCCAUCCAGAUGAUAUUGCCUCGUCUAGUCAACCCUCAAAGGAUCAUUUUGAAAAGAUCUUUAUAGGCAAAACGGAAAUGCCUGAUAUCGAUGAAGACAAAAUCGAAAAUCAUCAAGUUCACCUAAACAGUGAAACAGCGAGAAAUUCGUUUUUGGGCAUUCCAAAUCAAGUCCAUGGAAAUUCUCAUUAUAAUCAAGUCCCUGCAGCAUUACAAAUUUUGUUAAAGCAUCCGCAAACAAUGGAAACACCUGCAGCAUCUUCCAGUAGUCUCGCCUCUCUUAUUCCAGCAACCAAUGCCCAAUCUCUGGCCGGGAAUGACGAUGAUGCCUACUUUUUGCAAUACUUGGGCAAUAAAUUUAGCAAAUAUUCCACACGAACCAAAAAUAUUAUACAAUUUCAGAUAAAUCGCAUUCUAUAUAAGGCCGAUAUGGGUGAUUUCGAUAACCUCGAUUCAUCUAAAAUAUCCGAAAUACAUUUCACAUGAAAGUCAACCAAAAAAACUUAACAAAAAGUAAACAA